AUGCACGAGGUCUCCUCCCUCCCUCCCUCCCUCCCUCCCUCCCUCCCUCCCUCCCUCCCUCCCUCCCUCCCUUGGCUACUCCUCCCUAUCCCCUCCCCUUCCCCUACAGUGGCUACUCCUCCCUAUCCCCUCCCCUCCCCU